UCUUUCACUCCAAAAACAUCAAUAUUUUUAGUCUUUUUCUCUCUUCUUUUUUUCCACUUAUUAACAUUCCACUCUCACAAUUACCACCAUUUUUCUCAUCACUUUCACAUAUCUUUAUUCAUCUUCAAUUUUUCACUUCAAUCCUUACCUUUUCUCUCUCACUUUAUAGAUUCUUCUCAAUUCAAUUUUUUUGUGAAAAAAUUUAGUCUUUUAAUAACCCUUUAAGGUUUUAAGCUUAUAGAGGUGUUUUAUUUUUUUUUUUGUUGAUAUUUCAAAACUAGAGUGACGUCCCUUUUGAUUUUUCUCUAUAAAGAUUGAAAUUUUAAUGGAAAAUGUUUCAGUUAUGUGUAAGGAAGAGGAUCAAAUGGAUUUGCCACCAGGGUUUAGGUUUCAUCCAACUGAUGAAGAGCUUAUUAGCCAUUAUCUUCUAAGAAAAGUAACUGACACAAACUUUUCUGCUAAGGCCAUUGGAGAGGUUGAUUUAAACAAAUCUGAACCUUGGGAUUUGCCAUGGAAAGCAAAAAUGGGUGAGAAAGAAUGGUAUUUUUUUUGUGUGAGAGAUAGAAAGUAUCCAACUGGUUUAAGGACUAAUAGAGCAACUGAAGCUGGAUAUUGGAAAGCAACAGGAAAAGAUAAGGAAAUUUAUAGAGGAAAAUCUCUUGUUGGAAUGAAGAAAACUCUUGUUUUCUAUAAAGGAAGAGCACCUAAAGGAGAGAAAACUAAUUGGGUGAUGCAUGAAUAUAGACUUGAUGGUAAAUUGUCUAUUCAUAAUCUCCCUAAAACUGCAAAGCAGAAUGAGUGGGUGAUUUGCAGGGUAUAUCAGAAGAGUUUAUCAAGCAAAAAGACAUGUUUUUCUGGUGGGAUAAUGAGGUUAAACUCUUUUGGAAAUGAACUUGGUUCUUCUAUUCUUCCACCACUCACAGAAUCCUCACCUUAUUCCAUUGACAAAAUCAAAUCACCUUACGUGUCCUGCUUCUCCAAUCCAAUUGAAAGAAACCAAGUUGGAAUCUUUAAUACCUUUAGCAACAACCCUUUUGAGGUUCAUUCAAAUCAUUCAAUUAAUCUUCCAAAAAACACACUUUCUAUUGGUUCGUUUUACUCUAAUCAAGAGGUUCAAACCACACCAAAUUUGCCAUUAUCUGGUUCUGUUUAUAACAAUGGAUCAAACUUUGAGAAUCAGCAGCACCUACCUGUUUCAACUGCACCAAUAGAUAUAUCUACCUUGUGGAAUUAUUAAUCUCAAAUCAACUAGAAUUUGGAAGAAAAAAGACAAAAUUUUCAGCUGUAAAAGUUGAGGCAAAAGAGGAGUUACAUCAUCAUAUAUAAUUUAUUAGUGUUCUAUGUGUUUGUUAUGUUAUUUUUGUUUGUCUCUAUGGAAUUUAACCAAAAGAUGCAUUGAAUAAUAGUGAAGCGUACAGGUAUCUUCUGCGCAUAACUGCAAAGACUAAUCUCUCAAGCCUUUUUGCUUUAUUAUAUUUUGUACUAUAAGAAUUAUGAUUAUGGUGUUGUAAUAUAUUGUUUGUUU